AUGACGAACAGGCCGCAGAUUGUAGUUGGUAUCGACUUUGGUAGAACGUACAGUGGGAUCGCUUGGUCUCUGACUAGAGUGACCAACAAUAUUGAAGUGAUAUCCGAAUGGCCGGGUAGAGGAAACGGAACGAGCCCUAAAGCGCCUACUACAAUUUGCUAUGAGGGCGGAAGGGUUCGAUGGGGUUACGAAGUCACGUUCCAAAAGAACAUCAUCUGUGGAUUCAAAAUACUGCUUGAUGAAGACCAACAGGCUCAUUCCAUCGCUGAAAUCUUCUCCAAACAGCUGCUGGACGAAAGAGGACUUAGCCCCCGUGAGGCUGUAGCGGAUUACCUCAACAAGCUAAUAGGCCAUGGCAGGGAGAUACUGCGCCGCCGAUUCGGAGAUGCUGUCCAACGGUUGGAAAUUCAAUACGUACUAACAGUUCCAGCUGGGUGGUCAGACAAAGCGAAAGAUGCUACUCGAUUGGCGUGUUCAGCUGGAGGUAUUCCACUAUCUGAUAUCUACCUUAUAUCCGAGCCGGAGGCUGCCGCUCUCCACUGCUUAAGAGUUAUGCAGCCCAAUAUCAUCCAGGACGUAAUAUCGUAUUGCAUAAAGACUAUGAGCCCACUUGGUCUCGAAGAGGUGACCCAAGGUACUGGGGCUCCCUGUGGAUCAAUCUUGCUAGACGCGAAAUUUCUGGCAUUACUGAGGGAGCUCUUCGGAGAUACUGAAUUUAGGCAGAUCCCCUGUAUAUCUAUGCAGGCUGCUAUGACUUAUUGGCGAGACACAAUCAAACCCAACUUCAUGUUCGAGGAGGAUGAUAAUGACGAAUUCCAAGAGAUCGGACACCUCAUCCCAUUGCCUGGUGUGGAGGAUAAACCAUCUAUAGGCCUUGAAGCUGGCUUCCUUGCACUUGACAGAGCUACCAUUAAAGGGAUAUUUGAAUAUGUGGUCAAGCAAGUCGUAUCUCUUGUCCGGUCUCAAACCCGCGAUAUCGCUCGCUCUGGAAAAAAAGCAAAGGCAAUUAUGCUUGUCGGUGGCUUUGGGGAGUCAGAGUAUCUCUAUCGGCGACUGAAAGCACCCUGUCCGCAUAUCCCUGUCAUGCAACCGGCGGAUGCAUGGUCUGCAGUUGUCUGCGGUGCUGUACAACGAGGCCUGGAUGGGAACCGAGUUGGAAAGCGUAUUGCACGAUGCUACUAUGGAGUAAGCCAUUGGUCAUGCUACGAGCCGGGGCGCCACAGGCCCUCAGAAGUAGUCUGGUCGGAGCUCGAAGAGGUUUACUGA